ACGAGUACGGGGUCACCAAGGCUAGUGAGGAGGGUGACUGACGGCACAAGGCCACACCACAGGCAGGGUUACUCUUGGCCGCCCAUGUUAGUCUUGGUGACGCUACCGGCUGACCAACAGCCUCGUCUCCAACACUCCCAACCAGGUGUGAGGCUCGCCAUGGCAGACGUGUAUGGCAUGAAGGAGACGCUGCCACUCCCGGCAACCUCCACCUGGUCCUCCUGGAGCAACAGUAUCUGCUCCUCCUCCGUGGUGUGGGCGUGCAGCGGGCCCCUGGUGACGGUGCUCCUGGUGACGGCGUCAUGCCUCCUGCUGGUGCGCCACCUGCAGGGACAACAUGGGUACUGGGCGGCCAGGGGCAUGCCCUGCCCCCCUGCCACACUCCUCGUCGGCCACACCCUGCGACGCCUCGGCCUCUCUCAACCCUUCACCCAGUUCUUCGAGGAGGUGUACGAGCAAUAUGAUGGACGGGACGUGUGUGGCUUCUAUGACUUCCUCAAGCCCGGCCUGGUGGUGGGCAACCCGGACACCAUCAAGAGCAUCCUCGUCAGGGACUUCAAUCACUUCGCUGACCGCAGAACAUUCGACCUGGCGAAGGUGAAUCCGGUUGCGAACGACAUGCUGACGAACGCUCGGGGCAGCCACUGGAGGAUGGUCCGUAGUGUGGUGUCCCCAGCCUUCACCGCCACCAAGACCCGCCGCCUCUACCCCCUCCUACAGUGUCGGGCACAAGACUUCCUGCGUGUGGCCACACUUACAGCCACCCAUGGACCCGUAGAGGUACGUCAACUGUGUGGCCGGUAUACGAUGGACACCAUCGCCUCCUGCGCCUUCGGCAUAGAGUGUGAUGCUCUCACCAGAGAGGCAGCCGCCUUCCCCAUCAUGGCUGCCAAGAUCUUCCAGCUCUCUCCCACCAGGGCGCUCAAGAUGCUGACCCUGGCGAUGGCUCCCCGAGUGGCCCAGGUGGCUCAUAGUCUCGGCCUCCAGUUCGUCAGCCCCGAGUUCGAGUUCUUCAUAAAGGUGGCGACCCACACCAUCAACAGGCGCCAGGAGACGGGCCAGCGACGGGGCGACUUCCUCGACCUGCUCAUGGAGUCUACCAGCAAAGGCAGACCAGGGUUGUCCAAUGACACUAUGGCGGCACAGUCCAUCCUGUUCUUGCUAGCCGGGUACGACAACACCGCCAACACCCUGGCCAUGGCCCUGCACCUGCUGGCCCACCACCCGCGCGUCCAGGCCACCCUCAGGAGGGAGAUAGCUCUCGCUCUCCUCAGGGGCGCCGGGCAGGUGGAGCACGACGAGGUGAUGGCGCUGCCGUACCUGGACGCCGUGGUGAGCGAGGUGCUCAGACUGUACCCCGCCGCGCCCAUCAUCGAGAGAGUCUGUACUAAGGACUACAAGUUGUGUGGGAGCGAGGGAGGGCGGGAGGUGGAUGUGAGGGCCGGCACCACCGUCCUGGUGCCAGUAUGGUGCCUCCACAGAGACGCCCGCUACUGGCCUCAACCACAACAGUUCCUCCCACACAGGUUCCUGGGUGAUGCCCGGGCACGUAUACAACCCUACACUUACCUACCUUUUGGCGCCGGCCCCCGCAGCUGUGUGGGAAUGAGGUUCGCGCUGCUGGGUGUGAAGGCGGGUCUGGUGUCACUGCUCUCCGGUCUCGAGGUGCGGCCGUGCCCGUCCUCGCCCUACCCAGUGCCCCUUGACCCUCGCGUCCUCACUCUCCAGCCCAAGGACGGGGUCUAUGUUGACCUCCAGCCAGUGGAGCUCACACAAGCUGUGGAACGAGAAGCGAUCAAGUACAAACCAAUCUCCCCGGAAGAUGAAGACGUGAUGGAGGCCCUCAGCAACUGGUACAGCCAAGAAGACUCAAACUAUCAGUCAUGAAACUACAUGUGUUCAGUUCAAUACAGUGGGACUAAAA